AUGGCGAGCACGGGAGGUGACAUGUCCACGGCGACCGAUCUCGUGGUCGGUCUCGUUUCCAAGCACAGCGCCGGUCGCCUCGUGACGGGGAGAUAUCGAUACUUCCCCGGUGGUGUGGCUAGAUAUGCGGUCAACAGCGGGAAUGUCCAACCUAGACACGUGUCCCUCCGAAUCUGGAAAAUGCGCAGCACGAGAGAAGUGAGACAUGCUUAUACGGGCGAGGUGAGCGGUCGUGUUGUGAGACAUUUGAUCGCAAACCGGACGGUGGAAAUGCGGUCGCGGAGAAAGGCCUAUGGCGGGUUUUCUAGGAGGAUUUCGGAUGGUUCUAGCGGCAGACAGAGAUGGGUCUACCAUUGGAGAUGGGAGUUAGUCUAUCUAUUCUCUGUAGCUGGAAAGAGUCAGUGCUGGCCCGACGGUGGUGGAAGAAGGAGGUCGGAGGAUAGCUCGGAAACCGUUGAAGAUGACAGCCCGAAUCCUCUCCUUGCUCUUUCCUACUCUCAAGCCACACUGGCUCUGAAGUACGAAUUAGAAAUUGGGCUUAGGAUUCCCCGAGAAUCGCCUAAGUCUCUCGAGAGGACUGCUGUCCUAGGGAAGGAUGACAUCAGAGGCUCUAUUUCUCCGAGACCGCAGGUUGAUGGGCAGACUAGACUGUGUCAAACCGGACGGGAGCAGAGGUAUUUGGAGAACGUUGCAUGGGCCGCAGAGUUUGAGUCUGGACUGGUGAGGGACACGGGGUCAGACCAUGUUAUGGAUAGCAGAGCAAAAAUGAUCCUGCUGACAUGUCCUGCACAAAUUCAUGUGAUCAUUGGGACUGGGUUGUCUCAGCCAUUGGCUAACAAUCUGCGCAUCAAACUGUUACUCCCUCCCUGUGGCAAGAGCCGAGCUCUACGAUCCCUCCCGACGCCGCUCUCCCACCCAGCACAGUAUCAUCACUGGGGACCGAUCAAUGAGGCAAGACAGGCAGCAAGUGGCGCGAGAACGCUUUCAGAGCCCGUCCGGAGCGAUACAGCAGAGCCUGCAGCAUGA